AUGUUUAACAAGCAUACAUCUGGCAAAUCUAAACAAGAAAGGCGUGAGCAGCGUGCUGACAUGAUUCAGAUGCAGAAUAUCCAAAAUGCUGCUAUGAAGCUUGUCGACGAAGUCCAUCAGCAAGUAAUGGAUAAUUGCAAACUGCUGGAAGCCCAAUUUGUCAGAUUUGAUUCUAAGAGAGAUCGCUUUAAGAGCCCAUUCGCUACUUACAGUGAAGUAUGAGUACACUGAUUGGAGUAUGAAAUAGAAAAAUACGAAAAAGAUCGCUUUGCAGGACUAGAUAAUCUUCAAACUUUUAACCCUAUGCAGCUAUGGAAAGCUUCUAAUGUCACUGAAUUCUGGAAAUCAUAUGAUCUCUUUGACGAAAUAGCAGCUCUGCCAUGGAAAAUCAGAUUUACUGAGUCCGCUUAUGCUCGAUUAGUGAAUUUUACCUAUAUCAUAAAAGAAGCGAUUUUAAAGAAAGUGUUAGAAAUAGGAAUUGGCUGAAUAAGGUUAGAAUAUGUUUUUAAAAUCAGCCGUUAACCAUAUUAGUGGUGCAGUCACCAAAGAUCUUAAAUAUAUGAGAUUCAUCGGCUUUGCGACUCCAACCCAGAAGGUCUAUCCCCCAAAGUAGGAUCCCACUUCUGCCUCCUCCUUGCAUUUCGGUUUCAGUCUUUGGUGAGCGGCUUAUGGAUUUAGACAACCCUAAUACUGGCAAUUGGAGUAGCUUGACUCCAAGGAUCAGUUCCUUGUUUCUGCGGAUUUCAAAGUGCCUUCCUUUGACAGCUACAGGGAAAAGACUAUUCCUCUGUAGCCUGUGCCGAAACCCCCAGUUUCUCGGUAAAGGAAUGCCCAUGGGUCCUCGGAUCAAAAUAAAGUUGUUGGGCACCUCCAUUUCCAACCACAGGAAAGCAGUCAAAACCUACGCAUAUUCACAUUAAAUGAGGUUCUUCUUGAUUCUCAACACAAUUAAAAUGGCGAGCCAUCCGACCCGUCCUUCUCCUGUACCCUCAGGGACUACGGGGUUAAGAGGUAAACGGGGCCUGGAUAUUGUGUCCAGGGUGGGUUUUUUUUACCUUGGUCGGGACACCACGACAAGGUUUUUUGCCCCUCACAAAGACGAGAAGACCAGAGCCGCAAAAUCAAGAGUCACACUUCAGGACUAGAAGGAAGUGAGGAAGCUUGUAGUGGAGCUUGGGGACCUGAAGAAGACUCCGGAAGGCUACUUUUCCCCCUCCCCAGAAAGGACGGCGCCGGGUCACUAGACCCUGAUCAAAGGAGUACCUGGGUGAGUCUCCCUGUCAGAUGGCGACGUCACCAUUUUUUGGUGACGUCGACAGAAAAUGGAGUGAGCAACAGAGCCGGUGCAUAGGGCGCAAGCCUGAAGCUGGCAGCGCUGGGUAGAGGCUGAAAUAAACCUCUCCGUGACCCGCUAAAACUAAUUAAUCUAAUCUAAUCUAAUCUUGAUUCUCAACUCGGAGUCUGUCCCAGUUCGCCGUUGUUAUAAGGUCUAGACCGUUGCGCCAAGAGGUCAGGCUGGCAUGUGUCACCAUAAUAAUGUAUAUUGACUGAAUAAGAAACAAGCAUAAUGUUUGAUAUGUCAAAAAAGGCCCAUGCUCGCUUAUGGCAUUUUUUACAGUCCCAAUAGACCGUCAUCCUGAUCAUACCCUCUUGGUUGCUUCUUUACUAGAUCGUCUACCAAUAGUCCGCAACAAUAAAUGUGUGCAAUAUACAUUUGAGCAUUAUUUAAAGGUCAUUGAUUUCUUGCCGAGAGGCUCAGACUGAAAAUACAGCAUAGAAUCAUUUUUAGAAUCAAUAAAAGACGAUCCAGAUCGAUGGGUUGAAGACACAAAUAUUGAAGAAAUCCAGCCAAAUUCUUCAGUUUUUGACCCAAUUAUGAGAAAAGUUGGGAAUUAUUAUUACCCAAAAAUUAUUCAUAGGCUUUAUUUGUCAGCAGAAGAAACAGAUAAUUUAAGAUUUGAUGAAAAUAGGAGGAGAUGGGUGGCAAUUGAUGAAAAUAAAGUAGUGGAAAGCGCGGAAUCUGAAGCAUUCCAUAACAAGCUUGUCAAAAGAUUAGCAGAAACUACGAGCUGCUCUGAUUUUUUGAAUUUGCUGAACACUUUGCCGAAUUUUAAGAUAAGAUUGACAGAUCAUAAGAAUUAGGAUUAUUAAAGACAGGCACUAGCUAUAUGGGUGGCAGUCGUCAAAGACCUCCCUUACGGGAAAUUCAUCCAUUUGCGGCAAGCGAGCAGUUUAUAGAUUUAUGUGGCUCUGCGAUGGGAGAUUGGGAUAGCUUGAUUCCUGGGACAAGUUCCUCGGAAUCUAUAGGAUGUCAAAGUGUCUUUCUUUAGCAGCUGCAGGAAAAAGACUAUUCCCUAUGGCCCGGGCCAAAACCCCCGGUUUAUCGGUAGAGGAUGCCCAACAUUUCGAAGGAUUGAUGAGCACCUCCAUUUCCAAUUACGGGAAAGCAGCCAAAACCUACCAGUACACAUUUGCUGAAGCCUGCACUUGUUUCUUAGCUUGGAGUCUUUAUCACUUCACUCAAGCCUUAAGGUCUAGUUUGUUGUGCCGAUAGGGCAAGUUGGCACGUGUCGCCAUUUUAAUGAGUAAGACUAACAGAGGAACAGCAGAAUCUAGUAGGAUGCCCUGGGAAUGUAUUAGCUAUAGGAAGGUCUGGGACAGGAAAAACCACUUGUUCACUACUCAGACUGUUUUCUGCAGAAAUUGUUUAUAAGUUUAGAUCACAAAAGGGAAAGCGUAAGCUUGGCCCAGAUGAUAUCGAUAAAGCAUCUGCAUUGCACAGUGUAUUUGUAACAGCAUCCCCAGUCCUUACAAAUGAAGUAUGGCGAUACCACGAAAAGCUGAAUUUUCAUAUAAAAAAUGAGCUAAAAAUCAGAGAAGACUCAAGAAAAGCCCAAGAAAUGGACCUUUCUGAAAUCAGACUUGAAAAGCAGCGGUCAGAAAUCAUUGAGGAUUCUGAAAACGAAGACGAAGAAUUCGCCCACACAGGCCUUUCCUCAAUGACUUUUCUUACUGAUGAAGAUUUCCCUUUGUUUGUUACUGUAAGAAGAUUGAUUUUCAUGAUUGACGCUUCCUUAAGAAAACCAUUUUUCGCCAGAAGUCUUGACGGAAAUGUGAUAGGAUCAAGUGUGAACUUUGAGUGGCAUAAUGAAUAUAAAGGUGCACUCGAAAUCAAUAGACUUUAUAAGCAGCAAAGGAAAACACAAGAAAUUGAAGGGUAUCAGGACUCUGACUCUGAUUAUGACGAAGAUGAGCCAACAGAAGCAGAACUGCAAGAUAUUAGGAAUAACGUUUUAUCGCAUCAGUUUGUAAAUGAAAGAAAAAGAAAAGAGCAGCAUAUGAGAAAAACUAGUUAUGAAGUAGAUUUUAAAGUAUUCAAAGAAAAAUUUUGGCCAAAAAUCAGAUAUAGAGCAAGUGUUUCAGCGCUUGUCUUAUGGACAGAAAUUACAGCUUACAUAAAAGGUUCUGCUACUUCUUAUAGCUACGUUGGGUAUUAUUUACCGAAAAAUGCUUAUGCGUAUAUGGGAAGAAAAACCUCUCUCUUAACCCGUGAAGAAAAACUUGACAUUUGGGAUUUAUUUAUAGAAUAUGAAAAAUGGAAAGUAAGAGAAGGGGCUUAUGAUUUCCAAGACAUUGUGAAUUAUUUAUUGUAUCAAAUCAAGUUUUCAGGGUACAAUGGAAUUCCUAUACAUUAUAUGAUGGUUGAUGAAGUCCAAGAUUUGACAGCUGCAACACUUUCUCUGCUGAUUACUGUUACACAGCAAAAAUUAUUCUUUUCAGGAGACACUGCACAAACAAUUGCUAAAGGAGUCGGCUUCAGAUUUUGUGACUUGAGCGGGCUUUUUGACGAGUCAAAUUUAAAUAAGCCUGCAGUCUGCCAAUUGACUAUGAAUUUUAGAACUCAUAAUCAAAUUUUAGGGCUCGCCAAUGCAGUUGUAUCAUUAUUAGAAGCUUUGUUCCCACAAACAAUUGAUAAAAUGGGUAAAGAGAAGUCACCUUUUGACGGCCCACCCCCAAUUUUCAUUGAUAGCAGCUCUACCGAUCAUUUAUUAACUGUGCUAUUUGGAAAUAAUCGCCCUCAAGACUUAUCAGAAGUCCAAUUCGGCUGUAACCAAGUUGUAAUUGUCAGGACCCAAGAAGCCAAAAGCAAGCUCCAUCCUAAUCUAAACAACGCUCUAUGUCUUACAGUUUUCGAAGCCAAAGGUUUAGAAUUUGACGACGUGAUUUUAUACAACUUUUUCAAUGACAGCGAAAUUUCUCGUGAUAAAUGGAAAAUUCUGUCCCAUAUGGAAAAGCUUGAAGAUUACCCGAACUAUAUUCCAACAACUUUAGAAGAUUUAGAAAACCAUCUUCCUAAGCUGAAAUGCAAAGAAAUUAUUGAUCAAAGCAGAUACUCACUAUUGUGCACUGAGCUAAAACACCUUUAUGUAGCCAUUACACGGCCUAAGGUAAGGCUGGUAAUAUAUGAUGAUAACCCUGAAAAUAGAAGGUUUAUAGAGGAGUACUGGGAAUACAUGGGAGCUAUCAGUAGUAAUAAUAUAAUUCAAUCAUCUGCCCCAUUAGACAUGCUUAGCUAUGAUGGAAUUGCACAAAAAUCAAGCCAAGAUGCAUGGAAAACCCAAGGGCUGCGUAUGAUGUCUCACAAGUUUUAUGAUCAAGCUGCAAAAUGUUUUAGUGCGUCUGGAGAUAAAAAUUUAGAAUCUAAAGCACUUGCUUAUGCAUUCGCUAAUAAAGCCUCAGAAAUUUUAUGUGAAGCUAUUGCGCUUGAGGAUAGUGAGUAUACUGAAAACAAGAAAUUAUCAAGCAAGGAUAAAAAAACUCUGAAAAGUAUGAAAAAAGAAGCGAAAAACAAGUUUAAACAAGCUGGAGAGCUAUUUUUAGACUUGUCUUUAAGACAAUCUUCAAGAGUUCUGACCAAACAAGCUGCAAGAUGUUUUGCUUCUGCUGAAGAGCAUGAAAAAGCUGCUGGGCUAUUUAGAGAAGGUGGGCUUAUUGGCCAAGCUGCAGAAGCUUACUAUUCAUCAGGACACUUUGAGACCGCUGGAGACUUAUUUGCUGAGAAAAAAGAGUAUAUUCGAGCUAUUGAGUCCUAUAGAAGAGGAAUGAACUGGGACAAACUAGUUCACUGUAUUUACGACUUCAGAAAUGAAAUGACUCUAAAAGAAAGACAAAAAUACAUUCAAAAAUACGUCCCAGUCGCUCUCGAAGCUUUAAUGCCAAAAAUUUUGCCUAAAAAUGAAAAAGAAACAGCUUAUGAAGCACAAAUUGUAGAAGAAGAUAUACUUAUAUAAACUAUAUUUAUGCCAUUUUCACUAAGCCACUGGAAUUAUAGCAAUUUAUUAUAAAAAACUAUAAAAAAAAUGAUUAAAGAAGUUGAUGAGGAUGAAGAAAGCGACUCAGAAGAGGAAAUUUUAAAAAAAAAAGAAAUAGUUAAGGACACAUUUUGUGGAGAAGAAAACUUUUUAGAUGAAAUCAAGGUUGGUGAAGUAGAGGAGCAUAGGCAUGGAGGAAAAUGCGAAGAGGAAGGAAAUGUGAAAUGGGCAGAAAGUAUUUGUGAAGAAACUUCAGUAAUAGAGCAAAAGGAAGAGGAAAGUAAAAUAGAGCAGCUUGAAGAAGUAAAAAAAGAAGAAGGAAACAAAACCUAUGAAACGUCAGAAAGCUCCUUUGUAUUGCUAGAUAACUCUGCAAGCUUUAGUAUCAUAAGUACUGAUAAUCAGUCUCAGCAAUUUGAACUUAUUGAUGACGAUAUCGACCCUGAUGAUGAAUGGAUUAGUUCUUAGUUAAGAUAAUUGAAAAGCUCACUGUGAUAUAUCAAAAGGAUAUAUCUCCGCUUGCUUCGCAACUGUCUGCUAUCUGCCUAUCCGCUGUGCUCCUCCGAAAAUUGGCUCGCACAAUAGCUGGAGUACAGCGGGAUGGGUCACCGUGCCGUACGCCUAACUUGGGUUUGUCCUUCCAGAAAAUUUGAAAAAUCGAAUUUUUCUAGUCAGAUUCGAAUAAGGUGGAACUCGCUGGUCAGGGCGUAAUUCUGGUACCACGCUAGGAAAUUGUACGAUUUGUCGAGAGGACUCUUCAGGGCUUUCCCUUACCAACACCGAGCAUCGACCUUCCCAGGGUAAAACUUGACCUGGAAUGAGUUGCGGUUGGUUUAGUCCAACAUUGCGCUCCAGCAAACCAAGUAAAACCCGGCCAGAUACACAUCACCGAAAUCUAUCCUCCCUUCUACAAGGUCCAUGUGUUUCCCCAACUGCAGGUUUAAGAGGGUUUGAAUGGUUCACGUCCACUUUAAUACAUAUGAUGACAAAUGGCUUCAAGUAGAAACUGGCUCUAUAGUAGACUCACUAGGCUCAGCGAUUCAAAAAGAUGGCAGCAUUAUAUCAGAUUAUUCAAUAAUCGAUAAUGUCCAUGCUACAGCCCUUAAUUUAGGAGGGAAAUUAAUCAUGACUAAAGCUGAUAUCUUUAUAGAAGAUGAAGCAAUGCGAAAAAUAAUAGAAUAUGUAGGAAUGUUCUCUGAAGAUGUAUCUACCUAUUUAAAGUCCUUAAGAUCUGCAGAAUCGCUUAUAAGUUCCCAACAUUUGACUGAAGAUUGGCAAUUAGCAUCAUUAGUAGAUCUUGAUGAUAUGAGUGCAGAAACACUUGGAAUGAUUCUUGAUACACUUGAAGAUUUUGGAAUGUUUAAAAUGUGCUUAAUUGUCUGUAAUAGAUAUAAUUUGGCGACAAGGCUUGGAAGAUAUAACUUUUAAUAAGAAUAGACAUAUUACAUCCUAUGAAAAUAGGAUAACAGUUACCAUUGUGAAUUUUAUAUUUAUUGUAAAAGGUAUACGUGACUUCGUUAGCAUUUAAAUAUUGGUAUAUAAAAAAAUAGAUAAAUUUAAAAAUCAUGAUAAAUUUUUCUAUAACAUGAAUUUAAUACUAAAUAAAAAAUCCCCUAUUGCAAAUUCUUCAGAUAUUUUAUUGGAUGCAAAAUAUUCAAAUUUAACCACGUUGAAAUCCCAUGAGAUUUUCAGACCACAAUUCAUUCAGACCCAAGGCGCAAGAGCUGCUAUUGCAUACACUGCAGUUCAUAAUGUAUUUGAAAUGAUCAACCCUGAAUACUUGUCACUUAAAGAAAAACCAGAUAUAAAAAACCUUGGAUUAGAAGGAUUCCAAGGACUAUUACUCUUAGGCUAUUGGAAAAAAUUGAUAUACAUUAUGGAUAAAGAAAAUUCAUUAGCACUAGCAAGCACCUUUGGAGACUUUAAAAACUAUAAAAAUAUUUACCUUACCUUUGCAGGAUCAGAAUCAAAUAUUGCAGAAAAAAUCAACAAAGAAGACUUCUCUUGGCUGCCUUUUGAAAUCCCACAAAAUCAAGAAGAAAUUGAAGCCACAAAAAUUGCAUUUGACUCUGUGAUUUCUAUGCUGAGCUCAUAUGAAAAAUCUUUAACUGUAUUAAAUGCCAAAAGCGUAAAAUUUUUGCCAUGCUUCAAGUACAAUGAUAUUUUAUGGAAUUUAAUUAUAAAUAAAGAUAAAGAAGGAUUUGAAAAAUGCAUGAUGGAUUCAUUUAAAGAUGUCAAAAGAAUUUUGAAUAUGAAAGAAUUUUCAUUGCUAGACGAGUUAGAAAUUUUAGAUGUUUUUUCCUUUUAUUCAAUUUGGGCUGUGUACACAAUUCAGCAUCCGAAUUUGGAAUUUUCUUGGGUAUUUUGGGACAUUGUUGAAAAACUUUCUUAUGCCGAUUUUCAAGUCAUUCUUCAAUGUUCAUCUGGCAUAGUGAGGUUUUUAAGACAAAAAGAUAUAAAAAGCAUCCAUCAAUCAACACAAUACAAUAAUAUUAUAUUCUCGCUUUUAUCACCAUUUGGAGUUCGAAAAAUAAUUCCAUCAGAAGUUACUUCAGCCCUUCCUUCACUUUCGCAUGCCAUUAUUAAUAAGCAAAGCGUCUUUAUUUGAAAUAUGGAAAUUUCCUCUAUUCCUGACCUAUAUAUUGCAGAUCUUGAAGGCCAAAAUUUGCUUGUUCCCAUAAAAUCCUUAAAAAAUCAUCUGGAAAAAAAAAUUUUAUCCUUCAUUGAGCAAGCAGUAAAAUGCCGCGCAAAAAAGCUAGAUUCUUACACAUUUGGUGAUGAAGAAUUCAAAUGGAAAGAAAUUUCUCACUCCCCCCCCCCCUUUAAAUUGGAACUAAAAAUUUUGUUCCAAUUUAAAGGGGGGUUAAUGUUUUUUUUUUAAAACAAAAUAUCAAUAUAAAAUUUUUUUAAAAAAUAUAAAAAAUUUAAAAAAAAAAAAUUCAAAAACUUAUCGAAUUAGAUCAAUAAAUUUGUUUAAUAAAACGCUAUUUACUCUUUAUCCUUAAAAACAAAGCAAGAUAUAACUAAAUUUUCAUUAUUAGUUAAUACGCCAAUAUUAAUUGGUAUCAAAAUUAUUUACACAAAAAUUUAUUAUUUUUAUUGAUAAAACAAAUAAAAAAAAAAAAAAAUUUUGAAAAAUUUAUCGAUCAAAGUGCUAAUUUUGUUUUAAAUAAGAUGUUAUUUAUACUCUAUUCUUUAAAAAUAAAGCAAGAAAUAAGUAAAUUUUGAAAUUUUAUAAAGAAUUCCUAUUGAAUUUAUAUCAAAACUAUCCAAAUAAAAAAUAUCAUUUUUAUCAAAAAAAAACAAAAAUUGUUUUGAAAAUUUUUAAAAAAAAAAAAUUAAUUUUUUUUUAAAAUUUACCAAUUAAGGAUAAUAAAUUUUAUUUAAAUAAGAUGCUCUUUAUACUUUUUUCUUUAAACAAGAGCAAGAUAUUAAUAAAUUUUUAAUUUUAUUUAAGAAGAAACAUUUAAAUUAUAUCAAAACUUUUUAGGUAAAAAUUACAUAUAAUUUUUUAUUAUAAAAUUAAAAUUUUGUUCCAAUUUAAAGGGGGGUUAAUUUACCAAAAAAGUGGAAAUUUUACCGAUAUUUUGUUCCAAUUUAAAGGGGGGGGGGGGAGUCAGGAAAUUGUCUAUCAUGCUUCAAAUUUAUAUGGAGAAAUGUGGAUGCUUGAUUUUAUGAAAGCCGACUUUCCAUAUAAAAUAAAUUCUUAUUCACAAAAUUCCAAUCUAGAUAUUGAAGGAGAAAAAGAAUAUUUAGAAACUAAAAAAGAGCUUAAAAAAUUAUUUGAAAUUGCUGGUGAUGACGAAAUUUCUACGAUUUUUGUAAAGGUUAACAGAAAUAAUGAGAUAAAAAAAUAUGAAAAAAAGUUGGCAAUUUAUGAGAAAAAGAGGAAUGAAACGGGAUCAAAUAGAAAUGAUAUUUUGACCAAAAUUUUUGAUAAUUCGAAAUAUUUGUAUGGGGACUUCAAAGAAUUGACUGAUAUUGCAAGACAUGCUUUAUUAACUCAAGCACAGUUUGAAAUGGCAAGAUCAGAAACUUCACAAGAAGAUACAACUAUGACUGAAUCAGUGUGGCUAGCAUAUGAAUUAUGCAAAGUGUCUGGAUAUGAGAUUUAUUUCCAAGAAAUGCUGAAAAAAAGGUAUAGGCCAGUAUUAAAAUUUUCAGGAAAAAUAUCAAAACUCUCACAGAAUUAUCAAUACGCAUUAGCUUACUUAGAUAUAGAAGUUUAUUAUAAAACUCGAUGCUUUGAAGAUGCCUCAAUCUCGAUUUUGUCUCUUUUUGAAGUUCAAUCAAAAGAAAUGUCGAUUUCUCACAAGUUAAAUCUAAUAGAAAGGGCUGUAACUCUUUGGGCAAUUUCUCUAGGAAAAGAUAUAGUCCUCCCUAAAUAUCUUUAUCAUCAUAUCCCAGAGCACAAAAUUUCAGAAAAUAUCAUAUAUCUUGAAAAUAUAUUUUUUAGUAGCUUCCCCUUUCCGUUAGCGAAUAAAAAAAUCUUGUUCGCUCAAGGAGGGGGUUAAUUUUUUUGAAAUUUAAAAAAAUCCCACUUGGCAAAAAUUGGAAAGCAAAUAUUAAUUUAAUUUGUAAAAAUUUAUGUUUUAAAACGCAAUUUGUUUAAAUUAAACAGAUUUAGCUCGAAAUUUCAUUAUACUAAUUAUCACUUAUAUCUCAAAAUUUUGGUUUUUUUGGCAAAAAAUAGGGAUUUUCUAAUGGUUUUGUUCGCUCACGUGGGGGGGAGUAAAUAAUUUUUAAUUUAAUAGCCAUCCUCUUUUAUCAUAUUUUUAUAGAUAACAAUUUUGGCUUAAUAACGAGAUAUAUACUAAUUGACCAAGAAUAGCCCACUAAGGAGCCAUUCUUGGUCUGCCAGAAAAAAUUUUGACAAAAGAUCCUAAUCUGCCAUUACCACUGAGUUUUGGUGUUUCCAAAUUUUUUGGGCAAGCCAAAUGCAAUAAAAAAAAUUGUUCUUUUGCGAUGAUGCAUUUGGCUUGUCAAAAAAAAUUUGGAAACACCAAACGAUCCUAAUCUGCCAUUACCACUGAGUUUUGAUGUUGCCAAAUUUUUUUGACAAGCCAAAUGCAUCAUCGCAAAAGAACAAUUUUUUUUAUUGCAUUUGGCUUGCCCAAAAAUUUUGGAAAUACCAAAACUCAGUGGUAAUGGCAGAUUAGGAUCUUUUGUCAAAAUUUUUUCUGGCAGACCAAGAAUGGCUCCUUAGUGGGCUAUUCUUGGUCAAUUAGUAUAUAUUUUAUAUAAAUAAAGUAUAAUUAAAGGAAGCUCGAAUUCUCUUGCAAUUGAUUUGAUCAAGUUUGUUGUUGAGUUGAUUAAUGAUAUAUGCUUAUUAUCAUUAUCACCAGAGAUCAAAGAAGAGCAGCUUUCUAACUUAUUUGGAAGUAUGAUUACACUUUUCAUGUAUGGACCUAAUGAAAUUUUUUACGAAAUCCAGGGUCUUUAUAUUGAAAGUAAAAUUGAGCUUUGUUCUACUUUUAUCAGCAUUCCUCAAUAUAUUAAAAUGAUUUUAAGAGCAAAAAGUACAGUUAUGCUUCAAGAUAUACAGAAGAGCUACAGAGAAAGGCAUAUUGAGUCGAGUGAAAUGCUUAUCACACAUGUGAAAAAUGGGAAUAUUGAGGACUCUAAUUCGAUGCUCAAUCAGUUAUGGUUUGCUGAAGUUAAAAAUCUCGCAAAAAGACAACAAUCUAACGGAGCUCUGCGAAAAUUGAAAAAAUCGAAAAUUAAAUAUAUGAAAUUUAUCACAAGCAUAGAGGCCUCAUUUUUCUCUUCUAUUUAUUCGUGUAUUUCGAUUGAAAAUAGAAAAGCUUUGGUGGAGAAUUGGAGUGAGAUGUAUUAUAUUGGGGAAUUACUUGAAUAUAUCCAAAAAUAUCAUUCAGAAUUGCUAUCAAUAAACUAUAAAACCACCUUGGCAAAAGCAUUAGAUAUGCAUUUUAUAUUAAGCCAAUUCAGCAUGGUUUCGACCCAAGUCAAAAAAUUAAAAGAUGGCAUCGUAAAUGAUUAUAAGAGCUAUAUAAACUGGUUAGGUACAGAAGUAUGGGACAAUUUCAGUGAAUCUGCAUUUAGAAGGCUGUUUUCUUGGAAAUCAAUGGUGAUGCCUAAGAAUGAAGAAGAAAAUAAAAUGAGGAAGAAGUGGAAUACAGGAUGGACUGCAAGGUUUUUCAAUAGAAAGAAUCAACAAAGAAAUAAAAGACUAAGCCCCCCUACCUCCAUAAGUGAACAAAACAAUUUAGUUCGAUCAUGAAGAGGUUAAUUUGUUUUUUUGGAAAAUUUAAAAAAAAUUAUAGCAAAUUUUUGCCUCCGAAAUUUAAAAAAGUCCCAAUUUGCAAAAAUUAAUUUAAUAUUUUAAAAACUUAUUUUUUACAAAAUUCGCUAAAGCUUUCAUUUCUAAUUAUCAUUUGUAUAUCAAAAUAUUUUUAAUAAAAUUUUUUUAUGCUAAAAAAAUUUUUUUUUCCUCACAGAGGAUGAUUUUUUUACCCAAGAAAUAGGGAUUUUUCCAUUGGUUUGUUCGCUCAUGGAGGGAGAUGAGUAAGAAAAAAGAGGUAA